UUGAAGCACACAGCUUGCAUUUUGAAAUUAUUUAUUUUGGUUUAAUUUAUAAAUUAAAAUUGCAGUUUAAGAGCUAAGCUGCAAUCAGCAGCGCUCCCAAAAUUAGUUGCCUUUAACGCACUACACAAGUGUUAAGCGAGGCAGUUUGCCUGGGCAGCCGUUAGGCGGCCUGCUUAUAUAAUCGCCGGAUGAGUCUGUACAGCAGCUCCGUGCGACGUCUGCUCGACAGUUGGCCCGGCAAGCGGCGCUUUGGCAUCUACAGAUUCCUGCCGCUUUUCUUUGUGCUGGGCGCGGCGCUGGAGUUCUCCAUGAUCAAGUGGACCGUGGGCGAGACGAACUUCUAUCGCACAUUCAAGCGGCGCCAGGCCAAGAACUACGUGGAGGAUCAGCAACACCACCGCGCGCAGCCGCAGCCCGCAGCAACAGCCACAGCUUAGGCAUGCCCGCGGGCGUUUCAUGGGGCCAGUACAUGAAGUUUCUGGGCAGCGCCAUGCUGGCCAUGAUGGCCGGCUCCCAGGCGGUGCAUCUGUACUACAAACCGCUCGAGGACUUGCCCGUGUACAUAGAACGCGAGCGACAUCAGCAGGAGCCACCGACAACCACAUGGACAGGUGACACAAAAGCCAACAGUUAGAUUUAAGUGUCAUAUAUUUGCAAAUAUAAUAUAACUAAAAACUAUGUAAAUA